AUGAUGAAGCCCGCGGUGGUCAUCAAGUACGACAAUGGUCGUGUAAGAGAUGCCGACCGCUAUGGCAGACGAGAUAGAGAGAACGCUGAAAGCUCAUCACCGACCGAGCUCACGCUGAGUUGGACUGCGAUACAAGAUCUCCUCACCCACCAGCGCGAGCUGGAAGCCAAACUCAUAGAGACCAAAGAGCUCCUGAAGUCUGGCGAUCAUGAUGCCGCGAGUGCGGCACUCGAGGGUACAUCUGAUCAUACCCUACCGGUGCGCACCUUUCUCGAGGCCGUGGAAGACACCAUCCCAGCGUUCAAGCGACCUUCGACUACAGCAUCCACGAUCAAAGCCAGCGAAGUCUUUUCUACACCUGAACUGCUGGAGAUGAUCCUCUUACACCUUACUACACCGCAAAAGCUUGGAGCUAUGCAGGUCUGUCGCACGUGGAGAGAUACUUUGAACUGCUCCAUCGAGUUGCUGCGGUCACUGGGCUUGGCCACGGGCGCAGAUGAGACAUACUACUCGCCAUUCGCCCUCACGUCCGUGGGCUAUCCACUGACACAGUGGGUCCCAGGUGUAAAGUUUUACGAGCUGGACCCCGACGAAUAUGGCCCCGAGAGCAGCUCGAACACACCAACAAACAGUGUCCGGUUGAUUCUUUACCUCGCCGAUUCCUUCAUCGUUGAUGGUACUCGACUUCGCUCCAUGCUCAUCUGCAGUCCGCCGCUCACUACCAUUUCUGCCGUGGUCCAUUGUCAAGGGUGCAGGAUCAUGGCAGAAGAUGACUUCCUGGAACAAGUGCAAGUCGUCUCCAGAUCACCGAAUGGCUACACCUUAGGAGAGCUGGUCGAGGUUACUGCUAGAUUGUGUAAGGACCAUGCGCAGUGUGGCUCAAGUACUGUCGAGUUCUCGGCGGAGGUCGAAUUGCAUCCGGAGCAUCCACUUAUCAUCGAACGUCGUGAGAAGCAGGAGGAGGCUAUACGGAGAGACAAGGAGGACGACGAGCUCAUGCGGUCUAUGACAUCGCAAAACGGGGACGGGGACGAUGAGGACCAGGAAGAGCGGGCGAGUGAGGUGGAUGAUGAGAGUCGAGACGAAGUUGGAGAUGAGACUGGGUCCGAUGAGAUUGGAAACUCGGACGAAGACGGACCAUAG